AUUUUUGCAAAAAAUAGAAUUAGCUUUGAUUUUUUCGAAUUUUUGGAUAAAAUGGGAGACAGACUGAAGGAAAUCAGGGAGAGGUCUAAGCUUAGACGUCAACUUCUUGCCCAACAACUAGGUGCAUCAGAUGCAGAUAACAUUGGACAACUACUUGGUAGCAAACAUGAACGGGAGGAGAAAAAACCUGAAUCUAAAGAAGAAACUUCAGCAGAAACUGAAAUAAAUGAACCAGUAACAAAAAGAAAAACCAUUGAAGCAGAAGUGACACUUCCUGGUAUAAGUGCAGGACCUGCUAAGGUUUUGGUAUCAGAAGAAAGAGAAGACAAAACUGAAGAGGGGGAUGAGGACACUUAUGAAACGGUUGAAGAGGAAUACAAAGAUUCAAGUCACUUCCUCAAGGGUACGCAAAGUGCUAACCCCCACAAUGACUAUUGUCAGCAUUUUGUUGAUACGGGACAACGGCCUCAUAAUUUUAUUAGAGAUGUUGGCCUUGCUGAUCGUUUUGAGGAAUACCCCAAACUCAGAGAGUUGAUAAGGUUAAAGGAUGAAGUAAUAGCCAAGAGAGCAUCUCCUCCAAUGUAUCUGAGGGCAGAUUUAAUGAGUUAUGAUGUUGGUGAUCUGGACUGUAAGUUUGAUGUCAUUUUAGUUGAUCCCCCUCUAGAGGAAUAUCAGCGACGAGAUGCUGGUGUAUCUUUCAACUGGAAGCCGUGGAGUUGGGAGGAGAUUAUGAAGCUAGACAUUGAGGAGGUUGCAGCUCAACGAUCUUUUAUUUUCUUGUGGUGUGGAUCCCAUGAAGGGCUUACAGAGGGCAGAAAGUGCCUUAGAAAGUGGGGCUAUCGACGCUGUGAGGAUAUCUGCUGGAUAAAAACGAACAAAACCAACCCAGGCAACACCAAGUACCUUGAACCAAAUGCCAUCUUCCAGCACACCAAAGAACACUGCCUGAUGGGUAUCAAGGGUACGGUGCGUAGGAGCACUGAUGGGGACUUCAUUCAUGCUAAUGUGGAUAUCGAUCUCAUUAUAACUGAAGAGCCACCUGGCGGAAGUCUUGAAAAGCCAACCGAAAUCUUUCACAUUAUUGAACACUUUUGCCUUGGACGGCGACGCCUGCAUUUAUUUGGAGAUGACAGCACUCUCAGACCAGGUUGGCUCACAGUGGGUCCAAACCUCUCCAGUUCAAACUUCUCCAGCGAGACGUACAAAACCUACUUCAGUAACGGACCGGAGGACUAUUUAGUCGGAUCGACACAAGAAAUCGAGUCUCUUCGACCAAAAUCCCCUGUAGCUAAAAACAAAGGGGGCGAUAACUCCGGUAGGGGAGGAUCAUCCCGUGGAGGUUCAAGGGGUAAUAUGUCUGGUAGGGGCGGAUCCCGUGGGGGCAUGCGUGGAGGACCUGGUGGCAUGGGAGGGCGUGGCAUGAUAGCGAGGGGAGGAGGGUAUCAGGGGAAUGGACGCGGAUUCCAACCACGAAUGUAAAAAAAAUUUUUUAAAUGCACCUGUUAAAUAGAUUUAGAUCUAACCCUUGUAAAUAGGUACCCAGAGCCUGCGUUUCUUCUGGCCUGCGGCGAAGAACGAGGGCUCUGGCAUAAUCCAUUUUUUGACGCAUGCGCAAACUUCCAAGUGAAAUAUAAUCAGUGAAAAUCAUGCUUUC